AUAAAUGGGUCAGUUAGGGCAGUGGUUCUCAAACUCGGUCCUGGGGGACCCCUGUGUAUGCUGGUUUUCAUUCCAACCUCAACAGCAAUCCCAGAAUUUUAACAAGCGGUUAAUUUAUCUUAAUUAGGUGCUUUUUGUGUUUUAGAGCUGGGGUCCCCAGUCUUCUCCAGAAAGGGCCAGUUGUGGGUGCACACAUCUGAUCCUGAGUCUACUAAUUAAGGUGCUUAGCAAUGACUCUAGUGAUUGAUUAGAAGAAUCAGGUGUGUACACCCACACUGGCCCUUUCUGGAACCCCAGCUCUAAAACAUGAAAAGCACCUAAUUAAGAAAAAUUUACAGCUUGUUAAAAGCGUUUGAGAACCACUGAGUUAGGGUGUCUUUGUAUUGUAUAUCGUUCGUAACCAUGAAUUACAUUCAGAACCUACCUUCAGCAUCUAUGCUUUUUUGGUUCAGUUUGUAUCCUUUUUACAUCAGCCUUUGUAUUGCUAAGAGUUCUAUGCAAAUUUCCUGAACUGUGCGCAGUCGCAUCAACCUCCACGAUGAAGCUUGUUCUGGUUUUGGCUCCACUCCAGUCAUGCUAAUGGGGCAGAUUUGUAUUGAAGCCAAUUUGAAAAGGUCAGAGUUCAGAGGUGAAAGGUCACUUGUGAGCAAUCAUUGUAGCAGACCUAAGAGAGAAAAACCCACUUCAUUCACUUCAACAAAAAGAUGGAGGUGGUCAAUUUGCCAGCUGUGUCCCGCGUGGCUGUGUGCGGCGGUACCCACGGUAACGAGCUGUCAGGCGUGUACCUCGUACGGGAGCUUCAGAAGAAGAAAAAGGGAGGGGCCGAUGAUGUUUCCGUGACGAUGGUGAUCUCCAACCCGCGAGCGGUUCAGCAGUGCCGGAGAUACGUGGAGACGGACCUGAACCGUUGCUUUACCGCCGCCACGCUCAGCGCCCCGGUCUCCGAUAAAACCCCGUACGAGAUGGUGCGAGCGCAGGAGCUCAACGCUCUCCUGGGGCCCAAAGGCGCGGACGAGGCCGCAGACCUGCUGUGUGACCUUCACAACACCACCUCCAACAUGGGCCUGUGCAUCUUCUCCCCCGUGGCGUGCGACUGGGUCUGCAUGCAGAUCUACAGGCACCUGCAGAGGGAGAUGCCCUCUUGGCCCGUGAAGUACUUGAGUUUUGAACGUCCAGCUGCUGAGGCCUUUUCCCUGGAUUCUGUGGGGAAACACGGCUUGACAAUUGAGAUUGGCCCACAGCCCCAUGGAGUGGUCAGGGCUGACAUAUUCAACGCAAUGAAGGAGGGAGUCCGACUCAUGCUGGACUGGAUCCAGAAAUUCAACUCGGGACAAAGAUUUCUGUCUCCUUCACCCCGGAGAUCCUCUGUUCCUGACGUUCUCCGGAAAGACUGUGACGUACAAAGGGACAGAGCCUCUGUAUCCCGUUUUCGUGAACGAGUGUGCAUAUUACGAGAAGGGCAUCGCUCUCUAUCUGGCCCGAAGGAAAACAGUGGCCGUUCCAUCCAUCCAGGUGAAAAGAGACUGAAGGGGAGGGAGGGAGGGAGAGCUGAGUGGGGGCAGGGAAUGCCUAGAGGAGGAGUUGGUACAACCAAAGAUGCAAAUGGCUGAACUUUGCAACAUUUUAUCGCACCGCGAAUGAAAGCUUAGCAGUUAAAAUCACCCGUGUAUUAAACUUACCAAAAAAAAAAUCAUCUCAGGAAAUAUUUAACGCACAAUCAGUAUGAAUGUCUUAGAAUAAUUAAAUAUUACCCUUUUGUUCAAAA